GGCGGACUUAACCCCGGAGCGCUCUGCCCGAGUGAGGCGCGGGCGGGCGCCCGAGCGCGCAGAGGCCCCCUGUUGUCCAGCAGUUUGCACCUGCCCAGUGACCAUGAUCGUGUUCGUGAGGUUCAACUCCAGCCACGGUUUCCCAGUGGAGGUGGAUUCUGCCACCAGCAUCUUCCAGCUCAAGGAGGAGGUUGCUAAGCGACAGGGGGUUCCAGCCGACCAGCUGCGCGUGAUUUUCGCGGGGAAGGAGCUCAGGAAUGACCUGGUGGUUCAGAGCUGCGACCUGGGCCAGCAGAGCAUCGUCCACGUGGUGCUGAGACCCGGGAGAGAAGGCCCCGCGAUGGCCACCGGCCGGGACCGUCCCCGGGGCACUGCGGGGGCCUUCGCCAGGGAGCCCGAGAGCUUGACCCGCGUGGACUUCAGCAGCUCCGUGCUCCCCACCGACUCCGCGGGCCUGGCCGUCAUUCUGCACGAGGACAGGGAGGGCGCUGCGCGAACAGCGGGCAGACCAGCAGGUAGACCGGCCUACAACAGCUUCUACGUCUACUGCAAGGGCCCCUGCCAGCGGGUGCAGCCCGGGAAGCUCCGGGUGCGGUGCGGCACCUGCCAGCAAGCCACGCUCACCUUGGCCCAGGGCCCGUCCUGCUGGGACGACGUCCUGAUCCCGAAGCGGAUGAGGGGCGAGUGCCAGUCGCCAGGCUGCCCCGGGACAAGCGCGGAAUUUUUCUUUAAAUGUUCAGCGCACCCGACCUCUGACAAAGAAACAUCAGUAGCUUUGAACCUGAUCACAACCAACAGCCGGGGCAUCACCUGCAUCACGUGCACCGACAUCAGGAGCCCGGUCCUGGUUUUCCAGUGCAACCACCGCCACGUGAUCUGCUUGGACUGCUUCCACCUGUACUGCGUGACCAGGCUCAACGACCGGCAGUUUGUCCACGACCCGCAGCUGGGCUACUCGCUGCCGUGUGUGGCCGGCUGCCCCGACUCCUUGAUCAAAGAGCUCCAUCACUUCAGGGUCCUCGGGGAAGAGCAGAAAAGGAACCAAGUGUGCCACAACCAGAACGAGUGUGGUAGAGGCAUCUCCGAGCAGUUCUUACCGGGCCCCUUACCAGCCAUUACGGCGCGGAGGGGGUGCGUCUUGCGCAUUGGGCGGCGUGCUGGUGCCCCCGCCCCGGCUGUGGCGCCGGGCUGCUCCCCCGAGCCCGGGCAGCGGAAGGUCACCUGCGAGGCCGGCGGCCUGGGCUGCGGGGUGAGUACUGCGGCCCCCGUGUCGCUUUUCCGUGUUGGCUGCUUCGGCAACUGA